AUGGCUUCUCAACAUACUCCCUCCAAGACGCCCUCGCGACGCGUGCUUGGCGAUCUCACCUCCAAAGCCAUCAAUACACCCUCUACCCCAAAGGCCUACGAUCCAGCUGAAGUCGCUCGCGCCCAAAGCCCACUAAAGCAAGUCACGACGCACACUCCAACGAACCCUACCGGCAAGGAAAAUCUCAUGACUCCCCAGACGAAUUCAAAUAGCAAGAAGAGGGGCAUAGAAGAAGUUGAAGGUGUUGAAUCUAUCGAGAGCGUAAAGAUGCUCGCUCGUGCCUGCGACGAGAGUCUUUCCAGCACCGGCACGCGCCUAACCACCGACGCUGUCCAGAAACAUACGGAGAACAAUCCCAUCGGCCUCGCGGACCCAGGAUCACCCACCGAACGCGCCACACCAACACCAUCGCCCGAACCAGAGCCAAUGCAAGCUUCUCAGAAGAGCAACCAGUCAUUUUCUGACCUUCUCAACUAUGAUUUGUGCGCCAGCCAAAAGAGUGAACACGGAGAACGUGUAGCGAUGCCGGCCGCUGCCCCCGCGCCGGCAGUCGCAGAAGGAAAGAGGAGGUCGCGUGCCGAACAAUUGCGAACGCGCCUCAAGUUUGGCCUGUACAAGAUCAAGACGAACCAGGUCACUAAGCGCGACGCGGAUAUCAUCGGGCCUUACGAAGCCCGUGCCUCUUACUCGUCAGACGCGCUCAACGCGUCGAGAUCAACAGCCAUGACGUCUUCCGGCGAGUCUUUGGGCGCUUACCGCGUACCGAACAUUACUGUAUCAUCCCCGCGACGCGAUCAAGGACCUGUUUUUGUGCAAGCAAAUCUGGAUCCCUUCCAUCCUAUAAGUAAACUUGGUCCUGCACCAGUUCAGUUCGCAAUCCCACAAGGCAAUAUGCCAGCAUCAUCACGUAUGAUACCCGGAUACGUCCUUUCCUCCUCACCACCCGGGCCUCAGCUGCCCCAUUCUGUAGCUCCUGAUCAGCUCUCCUCACCCAUCCGAGCCAGGAGUUACUACGAGCCGCCAUCUGAGUCCAGGAUACGAAUAGGUGAACACGACGCGGAUCGCAUCAACCUGCGGGAAGAAGACCCGCAUUAUAGACUCCAAAGACUCAAGCAACAACAGUAUAGCUUGGCUCGCAGUGUCGGCGGUGUAAAGGGUGAUGCGGCGGAAGGCCUGCUACAGCUUAUGCAAGACUCGCGGUAG